AUGGAUAAUCUAUUUUUAAAUCCUGCAAUCGAUGAGAGUACAACAAGUGCGCACUGGCAUACAUAUUCACCAUUUUUGAAUUCAUUUAAUAAAAGCGAUAUUAUACGCAUACAGAUACAAAAUCAAAAUUUAAACAUUUUACCUUCUACUAGUUUACUUUAUAUUGAAGGUACUAUUACAAGAGCUGAUGGUACUGAAACAACUAAAACAAAACUUAUAAAUAAUGCUAUUGCAUUUUUAUUUGAUGAGAUACGGUAUGAGUUAAAUGGGAAAGAAAUUGAUAACAAUAGAAAUGUGGGUAUAACAUCAUGCUUAAAAUAUUACAUUUCAUUAAACAAAAAUGAGAGUCAAGCACUUAUUAAUGGUAGCUGGUCACCUGAACAACCAAUUCAACCACAAACUUUAUUUUUUAAUUAUUGUAUUCCGUUAAGAAGACUUUUAGGAUUUGCGGAGGACUACAAAAAUAUUGUGCCGAAUGCAAGACAUGAAAUAAUUUUAACACGUUCAAGAUCUGAUGAUAAUUCCUUUCUUUGCUCUGAUGUCAAUGAGAAACCGAAAAUUCAACUGACCAAAGUGCAAUGGAGAGUACAGCACAUCAAUUUAACUGAUACGCUGAAAUUGAACUUGUAUAGGAAUAUUACAAAUAAAGCAAAAAUAAUGCUAGCUUUCAGAAAUUGGGAAUUGUAUGAAUAUCCAUCGUUACCACAAAAUAGUAAUCAUCAUAUUUGGAAUGUAAAAACAACAACUCAAUUGGAAAAACCACGUUACAUUAUUUUUGCUUUGCAAACAGAUAAACUUGACCAAGUAACGAAGGAUCCAUCAAAAUUUGAUCAUUGUAAUAUAACUGAUCUAAAAGUUUACCUAAAUUCAGAAUGCUAUCCGUAUGAAGACAUGAAUUUAUUUUUUGAAAGAAAUCGUUACGGUAUUGCUUAUGAUGAGUACACAAGGUUUCGAAGUAGUUAUUACAAUUACCCUAUAUCUAAAGCUUUAUUAACAUUAAAGGAAUUUAAAGAAAAAGCUAUGAUUUUGAUAAUAGAUACUCGUUAUCAAAAUGAAAAUCUAAAAAUGGGACCGGUUGAUGUUCGAAUUGAAAUGAAAAGUUCAGCUGCAAUACCCGAUAAAACAACGGCUUAUUGUCUUAUGCUGCACGAUAGAUUAGUAGAAUUCACACCUUUGACCGGUGAAGUUAAUAAAAUCGUUUAA